AUGGGGAGGAUCGGCAUCUCCUGUCUUUUUCCGGCUUCCUGGCAUUUCAGCAUCUCUCCAGUGGGGUGUCCCCGAAUUCUGAACACCAACUUACGCCAAAUUAUCGUCAUUAGCAUUCUGGCUGCAGCUGUUUCACUUUUAUACUUUUCUGUUGUCAUAAUCCGAAAUAAGUAUGGGCGGCUCUCCAGAGAUAAGAAGUUUCAAAGAUACUUGGCACGAGUUACUGACAUUGAAGCUACAGACACCAAUAACCCCAAUGUGAACUAUGGUAUCGUGGUGGACUGUGGUAGCAGCGGGUCUCGGAUAUUUGUCUAUUGCUGGCCAAGGCAUAAUGGCAAUCCUCAUGAUCUGUUGGAUAUCAGGCAAAUGCGGGAUAAAAACCGAAAGCCUGUGGUUAUGAAAAUAAAACCCGGCAUUUCAGAGUUUGCUACCUCUCCAGAGAAAGUCAGUGAUUACAUUUCUCCGCUCUUGAACUUCGCUGCAGAGCAUGUACCACGGGCAAAACACAAAGAGACCCCUCUCUACAUUCUCUGCACAGCUGGAAUGAGAAUCCUCCCCGAAAGUCAACAGAAAGCCAUUCUAGAAGACCUUCUGACCGACAUCCCCGUGCACUUCGACUUUCUGUUUUCUGACUCUCAUGCAGAAGUAAUUUCCGGGAAACAAGAAGGUGUGUAUGCUUGGAUUGGCAUUAAUUUUGUCCUUGGACGAUUCGAGCAUAUUGAAGAUGAUGAUGAGGCAGUUGUGGAAGUUAACAUCCCUGGUAGUGAAAGCAGCAAAGCCAUUCUCCGUAAAAGAACAGCCGGUAUUCUCGACAUGGGAGGCGUCUCAACCCAGAUAGCAUACGAAGUCCCCAAAACUGUAAGCUUUGCCUCCUCACAGCAGGAAGAAGUAGCUAAGAACUUAUUGGCCGAAUUCAACUUGGGAUGUGACGUUCACCAAACUGAGCACGUGUACCGCGUCUAUGUGGCCACGUUUCUUGGGUUUGGUGGCAAUGCUGCUCGACAGAGAUAUGAGGACAGAAUAUUUGCCAGUACAGUUCAAAAGAACAGGCUCCUGGGGAAACAGACUGGGCUGACUCCUGAUACUCCAUACCUGGACCCCUGCCUACCCCUGGACAUUAAAGAUGAAAUCCAGCAGAAUGGACAGACACUGUACCUGCGGGGGACGGGAGACUUUGACCUGUGCCGAGAGACCAUCCAGCCUUUCAUGAACAAAACAAACGAAACGCAGACCUCCCUCAAUGGGGUCUACCAGCCCCCGAUUCACUUCCAGAACAGUGAAUUCUACGGCUUUUCCGAAUUCUACUACUGCACUGAGGAUGUGCUACGGAUGGGGGGAGACUACAGCGCUGCCGCUUUUACGAGAGCUGCGAAGGAUUAUUGCGCAACAAAGUGGUCGAUCUUGCGGGAACGCUUUGACCGAGGACUGUACGCUUCACACGCCGACCUCCACAGGCUCAAGUAUCAGUGCUUCAAAUCUGCCUGGAUGUUUGAGGUGUUCCACAGGGGCUUCUCAUUUCCCGUCAACUACAGACAUUUGAAGACAGCUUUGCAAGUUUACGACAAGGAGGUUCAGUGGACCCUCGGGGCAAUCCUCUACAGGACCCGCUUUUUACCCUUAAGAGAUAUCCAGCAGGAGACCUUCCGGGCCAGCCACGCGCACUGGCGGGGCUUCUCCUUUGUGUACAAUCACUACCUGUUCUCGGGCUGCUUCCUGGUGGUCCUGCUCGCCAUCCUCCUCUACCUGCUGCGGCUGCGGCGCAUUCACAGGCGGGCCCCGCGCAGUGGCUCGGCCACCACCGUCUGGCUGGAGGACGGCCUUCCGUCCCAGAAGAUCGCCAGUACCUUAUGAACCAGAGUUCGAGCCCCAGAAAGACUCUAAAGGAAAAGCCAUUUUUGCCUCAGGGUUUCUCCUCUUCAUUCUCAUUUGUUUUGUUUUUCCUUUCCCUUUUUGUUCCUUGAAACAAAACCAAAAUCCA